AUGGACCCCAGCGUAUCUCCUAGCCCCCACUUGGAAGCCAAGCCAGGUGGAAUUGGCCAGGAUGCUAGUCUCCCAAUUUCCAAUCCGCGCCAAAUCGCCGCACAAGCAGAUAAUGUUUCAAGGCUGUUUCCACCAGUCUUGUUUAUCAAUUUCCCUGCAAGCCUUCCCCAAGGGCUACAAAAGAAGCUACAGGGAAAUUUGCAAAGUUUGCUGGACUUUAGAAGCUGGUCCAGUCUGCGAUGGUGGGAUGGAGUAUUCUGUCAGCUCCCACCAAGUGAAGAUGAAUGGGUACAGUUCAAGCAAAGUCUGCUGCUCGUCAAAUAUGCUUCGGAGGAUAUGAAAAAGACACUCUGGCUACAUCAAAUCAAAGACUCACACUCGCAGCGAGGUAUCCAUAUGAACCCCUCUCGGAGUUAUCUGACUUCCCAGGUCACCGAUGCAUUCAAAGAUCUGGGUGAGCAAAGCAUAGUGUCCUUAACGCCUCUAGUGGUAAAUAUGAUUGAAUCGUUUCAAUACUCCCCCAGAGAAUAUGCUUCAAGGGUAUUCAUUGCAGAGAGACACGAGUAUGUCAGUGAGUCGAACAGCAUCAAGUCAUCAAUCUUCACAAUCACUUGCAUAGUCGGUGGCUCGCCGUACAAAGAACGAGAGGGCUUGGAUGGGGGAAUCCUCACCCUUCUUUACUAUGACCAUCUGUUCAGAUUGGAUGAAUGGGACGAACAUUCUGGCAAGAUAAGUGAUGAAGAGAAGGACGCAAUGAGAAAGUUUUUGGAUCAGAAUACCGUCAAUGUCUCUGUUUAG